AUGGUCGCUUGCUUUGAGAACCUCGGCCAGGAAGCUACAGAGUCAGGACUCCAAGUUCGUAUCUGUUUCUCCAGUCGACGUUAUCCCCACAUCACGGUCGACAGGUGCAUCGAGCUUGUUCUGGAAGGUCAAGAGGGCCAUCAACAAGACUUGGCCAACUAUCUACACAGUGAGCUGAAAAUCGGGAAGAGCCAACGCUGCGAAAAGAUCAAAGAAGAACUACUGCGGCGAACCAAUGGAAUAUUUCUCUGGCUUGUCUUGGUCGUCCGAAUCUUGCAGAAGGAAUUCGACCGAGGCCGGGUGCACGCCCUUCAGACUCGACUAGAAGAGAUCCCGCCUGGUCUUGAUGAGCUGUUCAGGGACAUUCUGACCAGGGACACCCGAAACGCUGACGACCUCCUGGUCUGUCUGCAAUGGAUUUUAUUCGCCAAGAGGCCCAUGAAACGGGAGGAGCUCUACUUUGCAAUACUGGCUGGCACGGAACCCCAACAUCUCGGACCAUGGGAUGCCACCGAAGUGACACCAACAGUUAUGGACAGGUUCAUCCUUGACUGCUCCAAAGGACUGACGGCUCUGACCAGGACCAAGAACCAGACAGUCCAAUUCAUCCACGAGUCGGUGCGGGAUUAUCUACUAAAGGGGAACGGGUUGGCUCAUAUCAGACAAGACCUCGUUGCCAAUCUCUCAGGGUCAAGCCACGAGAGGCUAAAGCUGUGCUGUCAGAAUUAUUUGGCCAUUGGGAUUCCGGAGCUUGGACUUACUGACGCACCAACCCCAGCCGACCUAGAGGGGGCUGAACAGCAGCCUGGCAACGAAAGUGACGACGUUGGAGAGAUCCCUUUCCGCGACAACGAAGACAACGAAGACAACAAGAUGUCAGCCGUUACCAGCAACCAGCAGUCCAAGCAGCUCCGUGAGAGACUGUGUUUGCGAUACCCAUUUCUCGACUACGCUGUUAAUCAUGUGUUCGACCAUGCGGAGGCUGCUCUCGUGACGGGUAUAUCACAAGGAGUGUUCAUCGAUCAAUUCGACCUUGCAGCUUGGACGUCCCGGAACAAUGUCCUUCAGAAAUACAAGACACGCCGAUAUUCACCUUCGGUGACCUUGUGGUUUAUUUUCGCAGAGAAGGGCUUGCCUGCUUUGAUCUGCCAAGAGCUUAGCCGAGUGCCUCACAUGGAUCUAAGAGGGGAGCGCUGCAUUUGCCCGUUGAGAGCAGCUAUAGCACACAAGAACGAAGCAGCCAUCCAGGCCUUCUUGAAGCCCGCCGAUCGAAAACGGGACGCCAGGAUUUCAACCUCUUCAACUGCUAGCCAAGACGAGCAGCAUUCUGAGUCAGUGUCACUUCUUCUUCAGGGCAAAGCAGAGUUGUUCUCAUCCGCAAGAAACUGGUCUGUUUUCCUCUGGGCCGUGCUGCGUGGCGAAGUCGGCCUCACGAACGACCUCCUGGCCACAGGAAAAGUCGUGGUACACUAUGAAGCGAUCACACUGCGCAAUGGUAUUACCGCAAAUCUCUAUCAGAAAGACAAUGACGCCCAUCCGACGCCCUCAGGGCUAUCACUCCAAAUACUCGUAGACCCCUUUCGAGCAUCCUUUCAUGAUCUGCUUCCCUACGCUAUGCAACACGGUUACCAGCUUCUCGUCAGGCAUCUCAUCUGGCACUAUUUUGCGAAAUAUGUGGAUUGCCUUUAUCUCCCACCAAGGUCGUUUGCCUCGGAUGAGGAGUUGAAAGAGAAAGACUGGACCCUUCUUUUGUCGUGGGGAUUUCAAUAUCAAGUCCCGGGCCGGGUGAAAUACAUCGUUCAGCAUAAUCCAGUUUCGCUGGGCCGCUUGCCUGAUAAGGCGAUCUACGACUUUCUCUUGCAGUAUGUCACACAGCGGGACUUUGACACACUUCAGCUUGUCGUUACAGAAGCCAACGCCAACACCACAUUCCGACGCGAUGUUUUGCGCCUUCUCACAUGUUACGAGGACCCGAGCCCAAGCAUUGGAGCUAUCUCUCGGGUUCUAGUGGACAACGGGUUCGAACUCAACGGUGCGCAAAUCAAGGGUGAUCCCCUGCUCUUAUGGGCGUCCAAGGGACGGCAGGAUGACCUAGUGCAGCUAAUCCUGGAACGAUGCAGCGUUGACGUCAAUGCUCCGGACAGCAAGGGACAGACUGCGCUUUCUUUGGCAGUGAUUUCUGGAAGUCUCACGACCAUGAAAAUGCUCCUCGAUGCUGGCGCAGACGCGAACCGUCAGGACUAG